AUGCAGAUUGUGCUACAGGAGUGCCUCUACGUGCCCGAGGGCCAGGCCAACCUCAUCGCCCUCGGUCGUCUGACUAGGGACAGCAGCGGCAGGCCAACGGGCCACUCGCAGCGUGAUGGCGCUGAUGGGCACUACGUGCGCUUCAGCCACGGAGCCGAGGUCAAGCUGAAGGAGCGCAACAGCCUCCGGUGCUGGCCCAUUGUUGCUGUUGGUCCAUCCACGGCACACGGUCUCACCGCCGAUGCCUGCAAGCAACCACAGCAACCCGCAGCAGCUCCUGCAGCCCAGAGCAAAGCACAGACACCAUCGAUGCAUGAGGUGCUUGGCCACCGCAACGACAACGACGUGCAGCAGUACUGCAAGCUGAUGGGCAUCGACGAUCGCAACGCCAUCAGCAGCAAGCAGUGUACAACGUGCGCAGUGACCAAGAGCACUCGUCACAGUGUCAGCAAGCACGCGGAGCGCACACAGGUGCCCGGCGAGCGCAUCCACGCCGACAUCGUCGACUGGACCGCGGACUCACCCACGGGCAAGCGCUGCAGCCUCGUCAUCGUCGAUGAGGGCAGUAAGCUCUUACAUGCAGUCCACCUCAACGCCAAGAAGGACGCAGUUGCCGCGUUCCAGUCUUUCCUGCGCGAGACCAAGCUCCCCAUCUCACCCACAACAACAGCACUCCAGACGGAUUCCGAUGCCAUCUUCCUCGGAGCUGACUUCCAGGCCAUCGUCAAGAAGCACCUGAAGCAGCACCAGCAGUCCCCGCCGUACACCCAGGCGCAGAACGGCAUCGUCGAGCGACAGGUGCGCACCCUCUCCGACAUGGUGCGAGCCAUGAUCACGGGUGCAGGCCUUGACGCAUCGUACUGGAGCCUCGCCUGCAACCACGCCCUGCACAUCCUCAACAACAUGCCUCGCCCUUCCCUCCACGGCAAGACACCGCUGCAGAUU